CGGCGCAUGAGCAUUAGAUACCAAUAGGUCGAGCUGCCGUCAGUAGUUUCUAGCAGCUGCGGGUUUACUGGUUUAGUAUUUUUCUGUGACGAUGUUCGGAUGUCUCGUGGCUGGCAGACUGGUCCAAACAGACGCGCAGCGGAUCGCCAGCGAUAAAUUCGUCUUUACUCUGCCGGACUAUGAGCACGUGAAUCAUGUGGUGGUCUUCAUGCUGGGCACGAGCCCUUUCCCGGCCGGUAUGGGGGGUGCUGUGUACUUCUGUUUACCAGAUCCUUCUGCCGGUCAGGUUUGGCAGCUCUUAGGCUUCAUAACAAAUGAGAAACCCAGUGCCAUCUUCAAGAUCUCUGGCCUGAACGCUGGUGAAGGUGGAGCUCAUCCAUUUGGAAUGAUGGAAGCUCCUCAAGUGUCAUCUGUGGCUCAAGUCGGAGUGUCUGUGGAGUCUCUGGAUCUGCUGGCACAACAGACACCCGUGUCAAAUGCACAUGUUUCCACGGUGGACUCGUUUACACUGUUCACACAGAAGAUGUUGGAGAGUUUGUACAACUUCACUUCUUCCUUUGCAUUGACACAAGCACAGAUGACACCAAACCCUUCAGAGAUGUAUGUUCCUGCCAGCUCCAUUCUCAAGUGGUAUGAAAACUUUCAAAGACGGAUGGUGCAGAAUCCUAACUUUUGGAAGACGUAACCGUUUUUUGUUUGAUUUUAGCAGUUUGACUUGUUACAUGAUGGAAGAAUAAUUCAUA